UCGGAGCACGUCACUAGAGCAGAGUCGCCGUUGUUGUUGGGUGACGCCAAGUCCGUUUUUGUCAGCGAUCGGUGGCAGUGCGCGCCCGAACGCCAACCGGCCAACAUCGUUCUGGGUUCUGCGGGUUCUGUCACGUUCUUGAGACACACACACACGCACCACACAGUAUGGACUUUGACAACAGUACCCAAGGGGGUGCCGGCAGUUUGGAGGGGUUCCAGCAGCAGCUCGACCACUGGUACACCUUUCUGGUGGACGAUCUGAGCGAUAAGCGCUCGGAGCGUUUCCCGUUCCUGUACAGCCCGCUCUGGCCGCUCGCGGUGCUGGCCGUCUACUUCCUGCUCGUGUUCUACUGGAUACCCAAUCAUAUGCGUGAUCGCAAACCGUACGAUCUGCGCAGGGUGAUGGUGGGCUACAACGCGUUUCAGGUGGUGGUGUGCUACUGCCUGAUCCGGCAGCUCGUGCGCCACGGCUGGACCUUCCGCUACCUGUAUGCGUGCGAGCUGGUCGACUACUCCGAGGGUAAGGACGCGAUCGGGUUCUUGGUCGCCGCGUACCUCAACUACGUCGUCAAGACGAUCGAGCUCACCGAGACGGUCAUGUUUGCGCUGCGCAAAAAGCGCAACCAGAUCUCCUUCCUGCACGUCUACCAUCACGUCUUCACGUACCUCCUGGCGUGGAUAUUUGCCAAAUAUGUCGGAGGAAGUAUGCUCACCUACACGAUCAUCGUCAACUCGAUGGUGCACAUGUGCAUGUACUCGUACUACCUGAUGGCCGUCAUCCCAGAGUACGUGCCGUUCAAGUUGAGCAAACUGAAGCGAUACAUCACCUCGAUCCAGAUCAUUCAGCUCGUGAGCAUCCUGCUGAACAUCUUGUUUGCAAUGCGCAGCGGGUGCGGCAUACCUCGGACCCACAUCCUGCUCUACAUGCCCUACAUGGUGGUGCUGAUCUCGAUGUUCGUCAACUUCUACUACAAAACGUAUCGCACCGCCAUCAGCCAAACGCUCGGCGUCUGCUACACCGACGGGGGCCUGAGCCGGAGCAAGCGGAACAGCAAAAAGCUGGCCUAGGCGGCUGAGGGCGCCUCCAGUCCCCCUCCAGUGGUACACACAAUCUAAUUGGUGCCGGAAGGAUGUGCGGCGAUCAGUGGGGAGCGCGGGACAGUGAUCAGUGAUACGUGGGCGCCUGGGCGCAGUGAUCUUGAGAGGAUAACAUACUAAAUUAUAGUCCUGCUCUCCCGCUUCCAAUCCCCCAUCGCAAUCUACGGAAUGCGCAUCCGUGCAGACGCAACGCCACACACGCAACGCGAUAUAUUUAUAUGGUUAUGAACAAACACACACAGCGGCGACCAGAGAUGAAAAUCGAAAACAAACCACCCAGCAAGUGGAACGGUGAAAAUAAAGUCAAACAUUCA